GCAGCAGCAUCACUGAGCAGUGAACAACAUCCAGGGAAACCCAGGAGAUAAACUAAAGGCAAACCACGUCUGUCUGCUUCUGCUCCACAACCUGCAGCUCAACUCCUGAAGCUUCCUCCGACUGCAAACAAGACACCAAACCGUGACACAAUGAAAGUGGCCGUUGUUUUCGUUUUGCUCUUCGCCACAGUUCUCUGCCGGCCGGCAAGAAAACUUUCAAACAGCAGUUCAGAGAGCUCUGAGGAAGUGGCGAGACGACCAGCAGCUCCAGCCGUCAGGAAAGAGACGCCAGUGGUUCCUCAGGCCCGUGCAGCACCUGUACAGAACGUUGUGGCUGCAGCUGCUGCCGGAUCAGACGAGAGCAAAGAGAGUUCAGAUGAAGACGAGGCGGCAGCAGAGGCUCCAGUAGAAGUCACAUCUGACAGCGCAGACACAGCUUCGUCCUCAGAUACAGCCUCUGUCAGCAAGGACAGUGGAGACAGCGAUGACGAUGAUGACGAUGAAGCAGAGGAGAGUGAAACCGAGGAGGACGAGUCUAGCGACAGCUCAGAGUCAGGCGAGGCCUCCACCCCUGCUACUGCCACCGUCACCCCUGUGAUCGUCACAGAGGGACCCGUGGCUGAAACUACCCCUGAGCCCAUCCUACCUACCAUCGUCACCGACACGGAUGCAGGCCGUGGUGACAGCUUGGGAGGCUACCCCAGUGACUAUAAGUCCAUUGUCUACGUGGAGGACAAAUCCUACCACAAGGUCCCCGCUCCCUACAAGUCCUACGAGUUUGUGGGCGCUGGAAAGAAGAUGGCCUACGACAUGACAGACGGCAACGAGGUGGAGAAGUCGCUUCAGGUGUACAAGGUACAGGCUCUUCAGGUCCACUCUGAUCUCUUGGAGGAGGACACCAGCACCCCUGAGGUGGAGAGCCAGGGCUUGGAUGCCUCCUCCGGCACCUCCCAGGACCUCAGCCCCCGCCAGGCCUCCCUCCCAGAGGAGGAGGAGAGCGCUAGUGCCAGCGAUGCCACCACCAGUGAAAGCGAGAGCUCCAGCACCCCAGAGGAAGAGGAGGAGGAGAGCGCCAGCACCGCAAGCGAGAGCGACAGUGCCAGCACCAGCCAGGAGUCAGAGGACGAGGAGAGCCAGAGCAGCGAGGAGGCCACAGCCACGGCCACGCCCGGGGCCGCUGACAGCGAUUCAGACGAGAGCGACAGCACUGAGAGUGACUCAGAGGAGGAGGGGGCGGGACCUGACACCGCCACUGACAUGCCUGUGGUCAUCACUGCCAAAUAAGCCCUGCCCAUCCACGAAAUGGAGUGGACGGUGGUGUCAGUUAGAUUCACAUAAAGAGUGCACGCUGCAUCCAGGUGCACAAAGCCCCCUCCAGAGCCACUUUCCACUGCAGGGCCAAACAGG